AUGAAUAUAGCUUCGAAGAUUCGACGAAGUUUUUUCACAGAGAAGAAGAAACUUCCAAAUGGAAAUAGCUCGUUGAAUGGAUCAUCGAGCAGAAAGGAAGAAGGUAAAGAUGAAUUGCUGGGAGUAACAGAUGAAUUAAUCGAUCAUGUCAGAUCCUUCACCAUUGACACUUUUAAGGACUUCUCUCUUGACGAUGAAGAAGAAGCGUCAGUGAAUCCUUUGGAAGAUGAAGAUAAUGGAGUGAGCUCAUCUGCAAAUGUGAAGAAGGAUUUAUCCGAUUGGCAGGAGAGACACGCGGUUCUCGUAUUAUCGAAAUCGAAGGAACUCUCACAGCUGAGGUUUAAGUUAUGCCCUCGUCUCUUAAAAGAAGAGCAGUUCUGGAGGAUUUACUUCCAGCUUGUGAGGAACCUUGUGGCAAAAUAUGAGGUGCUAGCAAUCCAACAAGCUAAAAUCAGGAGGAUGGCCAUGGAAGAAACUUCAGAAACCAAAGUUGUAUAUGAAGUUGAAAUGUCAGAGACAAGGCCAAAGUUGAGCAAUGGACUUGCAACUCCAUGA